AGUAUAGGUAAGAAUAAAAUGUUUUCGAGAUAUUGGGGAGGAAUAAUCGAAAGUAUCUCGAAAGGUAAAGUAAGAAGUAGAUGUGGUAGAUGUUCUCAGGAUGGAUAAAGAUGAUUCGGGGGUGAGAACGAGCUAGAGGGAGGGUCUGUACGUUUCGUGAUACGCCCCGCGUUAUAUGCUUGCGCUCCUUCGAACGAACCGUUCAGUUGGAUUCAAGCCGCGAACGAGGUAACUUCUGUGACGCGAAAUUAUUUUAACAACAAUAGCCUAUUUCCUUUAAUAACAAACUCUCCAAGUUAUUUGAUUAUUCAGAGUAGGAAACCAAAAAGAAAAAAAAACAAACAAAACUAAAAGAAAGAAAAAUAAAAGAAAUAAAUAAAAAUCACAUAAAUCGUAAUUGUUCCCACGUUACGAAAUAUCAUCCCCUGUUUCGAUCAGAAUUUAAUCUCGUUCGAUCUAAUUGAUAUUGACCUUGAACGUUAUUUCGGUUCUUUAUAGUGAAAUAUUUCUACGUAAGGUUUAAGUGAGAGUUUGCCCCAGUGACGUUGUAAACACACGGUAGAUAAAAGAAAAAGAAAAAAAGAAAGAACGAAUAUAAUAAUUCACCCCCGAGACAGCAUGAAUCCAAAACUUCGUUCAUCUUUUUACUCGGAGUUUUAGAAUUGAGACAAUGUGUACGUGAUGUUACACCGAAGCGCGUCGUCGCGACGCCGUAGGGCGUCACGAAGCAUAGCAAAUUCGAGUCAUCCUGCUGGUGCAUCAACAACAAUUCCUAACAGAGGACGACGUGCAAGCGUAGCUACCGAAAAGCCAGAUCUUUUGACUCAAAUCAGUCCCUGCGGAACUAUGGAAAGGCAGAAAUCACCAAGAGGAAGCGUCGUACCAAAUAUAGCCCUCGACGUUCAAAAUGAUUUACCAGAAGAGGGAAGUGGCCGACGGAUUUUACCAGAUUUGGAUUACGGUGGAUCUCGUAAUAAUUUAACACCAACAGAUAUAGGACGAAGUCCGCGUAAUUCUUUGAUACCGGAGGAUUAUUGCAGAAGUCCUCGUGGUUCAUUGAUACCGGAUGUUGGCCGAAGUCCGCGUAACAGUUUAGUACCAGAAAUAACUAGAUCGGCGAGGAAUAGUUUGACUCCAGAUACACCACAUAGUCCAAGACACUCGUUGGUACCCGACGUGGCCUAUAAUCGCAGUCCGCGUAAUAGUCUGGUACCAUUGGGUAGUUCGAGGACAUCAUUGAUGGCAGAAAAUGGGACUGGGACUGGUCAUUUAAAUCGUAGUCCGAGACAUUCCUUGGUACCUGAUACAAACAGAAGUCCAAGAGGAAGCGUUGCCAAUUUAGAAUUUGACCGUAGCCCACGUGGCUCGAUUUGUCCAGAAAUGGUUAGAACUGGAAGAGGAGGUGGUUCCACGACACCUUUAGAAAUCGAUAGAAGUCCGCGUGGUUCGUUAAGCUCCGAAUGCGCGAAUCAGAGUCCGCGUGGUUCGAUAGCACCUGAUCCUAAUAGGUCUCCAAGGGGUUCCAUAGCACCGGAUUCAAAUCGUUCACCUAGAGGAUCUAUUUGUCCCGAGAGUAAUCGGAGUCCACGAGGAUCUAUAGUAACACACGAACAAACCAAUAGAUCUCCUCGUGGUAGUAUCGUUGUUAACGAUUUGGAAAGGCAUUUCUCAAGAAAUAUCGUAAUCGGCAACGACGAGGAAAACAGAAGUCCCAGGGGUAGUAUUGCUCCUGAGGGUAUUGAUAGAAGUCCUAGGGGUAGUCUUGGUGGUGGACUCGAUAGAAGAACUACCAAAAGCAAUUUAAUGUUGCAGGAUCCUAGAAGAGCUUCCGCUGAUCAAGGUACUGUUAGAAGCCGCAGUUCUUCGCCCUAUCGUCAAAAGGAUACAAAUUGUAGUAGCGUAAGAUCAACUGGGAACGGUGCUCAAAUUAAUCUUGCGUACGGUGGAAGUUCUUGGACGGAAUCCAGGCGAGCUAGUAGUUCCGUUUCUCAGUUUUCAGGUGACGAGUCACGUCGAUUGUGUGCCGGAAUUAUCAAAAUUCCUGCGAAGGGUACUUCGGAGACCACAAACCUCGGAGUGGCGACUUAUGGUUCCGUGGUCUUCCAACUGAAGGACGCCCAUCUCGAGGCCAACGGCACGUGCGACUUUGUUCUUCGUGCUUUAAGGGUCAUUAGCAAGACAAUGAUAGUAACCAUUUGUCUUGCAAUACUUUCUACGAUGCCUAUUCUCAUGUUCAUUCUAGGUUUGCAGUUCAUCAAGGACUGCCCAAGAGAACCACACAUUCCUGUUUAUAUGGUGGUCGGUGGUACUUUGGGAACCGUUAGAAUGUUUUGGUCACUUUACUCUCAAAUACGUUCUAGAAGACCGGAAGCUCUUACAGUUCCUAAUACCAGAUCUUAUGUUUCACCAAUGAAGUUGGCUUCAAUAACCCUUUCGUGCUUCCUCGUCGGUUGGUUUGUUUUAGGUAAUUAUUGGAUACUGAGCAUCGAAUGGCCAGAAUAUACACCCUUGCUUUACGAUCCUGACAGAUGGUGCCACAGAACCCUUUACAUAUUCUCAUUGGUCCACCUUUGCGUCGUUUAUGUAGUUAUAGCAGUGAGCUUUUUACUUUCUCUCGGCCUAGCAUUUUGCAGAAUUUUCGCCUGUCCUUGGCCAGAAAGAUACAAAUAACCACGGCGUUCGGUUAGAUCGAGAAACACUCGUGACAAGUUAAUGGUGGGUAAGAGAUACAAAGAUCGAGAUUUUAACGAAAAGAAAAGAUUGAAGAUAGUUCAAGGAGUUGUUGUUCUUGAUGAUGAUGAUGAUGAUGACAACGACGAUGACGAUGAAGAAGGGAAUUCAAACGAGCGAGGUAAUGAGGUCGUACAAGAAGUGAAAUAUAGCAGCAAAGUACAAUUUCGCGCGCCUGAUAUCAUUGAAUUAUGAAGGAACUAAAGAAAUGGAUAGAAAAUAAUAAAUUGACUCGGGGAGGAGGAGGAUGAGGAGGAGGAGGAGGGGGAAGGAGAAGGAGUUUGGUAUUUUUUUUCUUUCUUUUUCCUUUUUUUUUUUUCUACGAUCGAUCGUAACGCGGAACCAACAAGGGAUGGGAACGAGCCGUGGGAAACAAAAUCAACGAGAAAGCAAAAAAUUACGCGAGUAAUAAUUUUAAAAACCGCUCAAAAUCCAAGGUAUAUUAAUUAAUGAAAUGAAUAAGCCAAAAUUCCGGAUGUUUACCGUAAAAAUGAAUGGAUUGCAAAGUUAACAAAAAAAAGAAAUCAAAUAUUCGCGUUAAUUGAUUUCGAUCGAAUGUAUUAUCAAGGAUUAAUUAUUAUUAUUAUUAUUAUUAUUAAUGAUUUAUAAAAGAUUAUUUAUGAAGAACACGAAUCGUGUAUUUUAUCGCAUACGAAAAUACUUUUGGAAUAAGUAAUGAAAUUAUACAAUAAGAGAAUGAUACUGUGAAAUAUAUACUCCGAAAAAAAUUAAUUAUUUAUAAUUAAGUAGUAAAGGCUCGUUUUUAAUCGGACUGUCGGAACGAACGAACGAAAAAAUUCAACAACGGGAAUUGUGUUUGACGACUGUAAAAGUGAACAGACAAAAUAAAAGGAUUGUUAAUGUGAAAUAUGUCAAUUCGACGAAAAAUUCGUCGACGUAUUUGACGGGGCGUGGGGUGGGGUGGGGGGGGGGUUGGAGGAAUUAGGAAGAGAAAAAAAAUUACGAAAAAAAAAAAAAAAGGGAAAAAGAAAAGUUUAAAGUUGAAAACGGAUCGAUAAUCUAGUCAAACGUUUUCUCCCACGUAUUAUUUGUUCAUUGUAUAUAUAUAUAUAAAAAAAAAAAGAGAGAAUAAUUGUUGGAGAAUGAAUCUCAUUCGUGGGGGGGGGAGAGAGAGAAAGAAAAAAAUAUAAUAAAAUACAAAAAAUAAAUGAAAGAACAGACAAACCAAAAACAACAACAACAACAAAAUCGUUUAUUAAUACGAUCGUAACGAAUGUUCCUUAUUUUAUUCAUUCGCAAAAUAAAAACCACGUGUGGUAUUAUUAAAAAUCACGUAACGUGUACGAUGGACCAAUACAGAAGCAAACAAACAUAUGAAAGAGAAAUUACUAAACUGUGGAUGAUAAUGCAACAAUAAUAAGAAGAAAGAAGAAGAAGAAAAAAAACGCAAGAAAAUUCCCGAUCGAAAGAUUCAAUAUCUGAGGAAUAUUUUAUCUCAUUUAUUUUUAUGGUUUUUUUUUAAUAAUUUGAUCAAGGCAACUUUGCAUCUCGAAAUAAUUUCUAUAAUUUAUAUUUAUUGAAAGUAAUUUUGAUUGAUUUCCUAAUAUAAAUUUCAAUCGAGUAUUAGAAUUUUCAUCAAAUUUGAUUUUUUUUGAUUGGAAUCAAUUAGUAUUAAAGUGUUUAACAUUUUUUUUAAACAAAAUAAAUUCAUAUUAGUAUUUUUCUUUAACGACACCGGACACAACCAACCAUCGAUCGUUUUUUUCUCGUUGUCAUAGUUAUCGUUAUGACGUCGAUGUAUAGUCUGAAAUAAUCGUUUCACGCGAAAUUUGUUUUUUUUUCCUUUUAUUUUAUUUUUCAUUUGUUUUCAACAAACAAAGAUCGUAAGUAAGUGAGAAAACGUUUUUUUAAGUUCAUACGUGUGCACGAUUUAUUUUAAAGUUUUGCAAAAA